AGCGCUGUGCAGUCAGAGAAUCUCUCCGGUCCUCCUUAAAUGAUGGUGACAAACAUGGCGUUUUUUCCGUGUGGUCUGGGGGUAAAGAGUCGUGUCUUUGAGCCCCGCCCUGAAUGAACAGUGAACACUGACUCGACGUUAUCAGCCUCUGAGCGCCACGGAGUAAACUUCACUGUGAAGAAAGUCCACAGACUUUAUUAUCAACUGUGGACCUGCAGAUAAAGUCCAACAGUCAAUGUCUGCAGAGGAACUCCUCCUCCUGCACAGAGCACCCAGACAUCAGGAGAGUCUGCACGGCUGCUGAAUCCACCGAGGAAGCUCCUUGUUGACACCGUAAAACAUCUCAAAGUUAGGCCGGUGGUACCGCAGUCAUGUCGGGUCAACCCAGCUUUGUGAGUCCGUUCUACAGACCUCAGGUUCUGGCUGCUGCUGCUGCAGCUCCGGCGGGCAAAGCCAAACUCACUCACCCUGGGAAGGCUAUCCUGGCAGGAGGGAUAGCUGGAGGCAUCGAGAUCUGCAUCACCUUCCCCACAGAGUACGUUAAAACACAGCUGCAGCUGGACGAGAAGGCCAAUCCUCCCAAAUACAGAGGCAUCGGUGACUGUGUGAAGCAGACAGUGGACGGUCAUGGUGUGAGGGGUCUGUACAGAGGUCUGAGCUCUCUGCUCUAUGGCUCUAUACCUAAAGCAGCUGUCAGAUUCGGGGUGUUUGAGUUCAUCAGUAAUAAGGUGCGUGAUGAAAAUGGAAGACUAGACAGCAAGCGAGGAUUCUUCUGUGGGCUCGGAGCCGGAGUGGCUGAGGCUGUGUUCGUAGUCUGUCCAAUGGAGACAGUUAAGGUCAAAUUCAUCCAUGAUCAGACGUCAGCAAACCCAAAGUACAAGGGCUUCUUCCACGGAGUGAGGGAGAUUAUCAGAGUUGAAGGACUGAAGGGGACGUACCAAGGCCUGACAGCCACCGUGAUGAAACAAGGCUCCAACCAGGCCAUCCGCUUCUACGUCAUGACUUCCAUGAGGAACUGGUACAAAGGUGAUGACCCCAACAAAGCCAUUAACCCUCUGAUAACCGGGCUGUGUGGAGCCGUUGCCGGUGCUGCCAGCGUGUUUGGAAACACUCCACUGGAUGUCAUAAAGACCAGGAUGCAGGGACUCGAUGCUCACAAGUACAAAAGCACAAUGGACUGUGCCGUCAAGAUCAUGAAGCAUGAGGGGCCGAAGGCGUUCUACAAAGGUACUGUUCCCCGGCUGUGUCGGGUGUGUAUGGACGUGGCCAUCGUCUUCGUUAUCUACGAGGAAGUCGUGAAGGUCCUCAACAAAGUUUGGAAGACGGACUGAAAUGGACCCUCCCCCCCUCCGUCAACAUCCCCUCCGGUGCUACACAACAAGCAGGCGUGUUAGGACGGGCCGCUCACAUUACUAACCAGGCCAAACCAAUCUCCCUAAACCCUGCUUCUAGGUUCUAAUAUCUACCUCUACAUGAUUUAUCAGACAGAAAGAAAGAAAGGGAUUGGUAUGUUCUUGAUUUUAUUUAUAACAGCUUCUACAAGUGGAAGAUUUAUCUGCAUGAAAAACAGCUCCAGAUUGCAGAGUCACUGCUUACACUGGCUGUUUUUUUCUUAAUUUCCAGAAGGGGGAAUUUCCUUAAGAGCUCAGGGAAAGGAGCGGGGCAUUUAUUUAGAUAAAUGGGAACGCUGACAGCGCUUUGAAGUCAGUUAUACUAAAUCUGCAAUCAAAGAGAAACCAAUACCCGACCCAACAUAAUGUGAUUAAGACACUGAAGACAAAGAAAUUAUACUUGAAAUGAGAGAUUAUAUCAGAGAUCAAACAUUUUAAAAGCCCUCUUUAUAUGCAUUUAUUUUCAAAACCAUUAUUUCAUUCAGUAUCUGAUGAGAUCAUUUAUAUUCAGAUGUCACGUGCUGCAGAGGCGACAGGUACAAAACUAAAUGCCUUAAAUCACAAAUGAAUCAACAUUGUAGGAUCCAUAGUUAUUUUAAUUAUGUCACAUACAUACACAACUUCUGUAGAAAUGCACAUUUCCACAAAAACAGUGGUUGACUUUUAAGUUGCAGAGAUGCUUUAAAUCCAUUAACAUACUAGAAUGUCUGCUAUAAAAGUGCCUAUGUAUUCAUUUUGAGAUCUUUUCAGAUUAAGAAUGAUUGAAUGUUGUAUGUGCUUUAGUCACUACAGAUUUUAUAAUAAUGUACUCAGUUGCACACGUUGCUGCUGUGGUGCCACAUGUUUAAUUCCAGGCAGUUUAUGAGGUAUUUUCUGAAAUGUUUAUAUCUUCUAAAUUCAUCCUAACUGAUGGUGAAUUUCUGCUUUUUAAAUUGCCUUUUAUUGACAUGCCUGUUUGAGAAGUGCCAUUAAUAGUGCCUUCCAAUCUCAUUCCAGGGAGGACGAGUGCUUUAGGAUAGAUUUUAUUGCAGAUUUUUAAUUUUUAACUAAUUGCCUUUUUACUUUUUACACCAACUGUUGACCCAAUGUGCCAACUGCUGCUCACAUACAUUUAAAUAUAUUAUUAUAUAUAUAUACAUAUAUAUAUAUAUAUAUAUAAAUCCAUGUUCUAGACUGGAGUUUGUAGCUUGUGAGUCUGGCAUGUUUACAUGCAACGCUGUUCAUUGUUUUCCUAAUGUUUACUCCAGCUUGCAUUCAUGUAGACUCGGAUGUCAUAGCUAUUUAAAUAUCUUUUUUUUUUCAUAUUAAGACAUGAAAAAGAGUCCAGUAGUUAGAACCGAGUAUUGUGCCUUCGGUCUAAUUAAUUCUAACAUCUCACAAAUAAACAUUGGAUCAGACUGUU